AAUAUUCUCAGACUCAAAUAAAAGCAUCAAAAGCAAUCUUCAAAACUCUCAAUACCCUCUCUUAUCAUACCCUCGCCUCUCUUUCCACAACCCGCAAUUUUACAUCCACUCUUUCCAAAAAUCGUCGGAUCCAGCAAUUCCCCUUUCUCUUACUGGGUUCUGUGCGGUGAUGGGAAAAAUACAGCUUAGUUUACAUUGGAGGGCAAGUUGUGAUCCCUAAUAUGUGUUGCAUGUUACUUCUGCCUCUUGACUAAAUUAGACGAGUCAGACUGCAAGUUUUUUGGCAGUGGAAACAGAUUAUUGGAAUAAAGGAGAUGUACAGAGCUUUGAGGGCUUUUAUCAAUUUGUUUUAUCUUUAAUAACAUAACCCACGAUCUGAAAAUGGAAGAUCCUGAUAUUGAAAAGUCUGAAGCAACCAAUAAACAGAUUAACAGUAGCACAAACUGUAAUUCCAAACAGCAGAGUGCAGAAAAUGCUAACGAACGUCCUGAAUGGUUACCUGAUGGCUGGAACUUGGAAGUCAGAAUCCGUAAAAGUGGUGUACACAUGGGAUCUGGAUACAAGUGUUACAUCGAACCAUUAAAAGGAUACAAAUUCUUCUCCAAACCAGAGGUAUUACGGUAUCUCGAAACUGUGAAGGACAGCAGUUGCACUUCCAAGAAGGGGAAUAAAAGUAGUAAGAUAAAUACUCCAAAUGACAAGAGCUGCACUUCCAAGGAGAAGAAAUGCAGUAAAAUGCAGACUCCAAACAACAAGAGCAGCAGUUCCAAGAAGGAGAAAAAAUGUGCUAGCAUGGAGUUUCCAAAUGACGACAGUUGCACUCCCAAGGAGGAGAAGAAGGGCAAUAACAUGGAUUUUCCAAACAACAACAGUUGUGCUCCCAAGAAGGAGAAGAAUGGGAAUAACUUGGAUUCUCCCAACGACAGCAGUUGCCUGUCCAAGAAGGAGAAGAUAGGCACUAACAUGGAUUCUCCAAAGGACAGCAGUUGCACUCCGAAGAAGGAGAAGAAUUGCACUAACAUGGAUUCUCCAAUUGAUGUUGUGGUUGAGAAGUCUAUUCCGGAGGAUUUACCACAUGGGUGGUUAAAAGAAUUGAAGAUUUCGAAGAAUGGCAAGGGCAUUAGGAAAGAUCCGUUUUAUAUUGAUCCAGUGAGUGGAUAUGUAUUCCGCUCUAAGAAGGAUGUACUGCGGUAUCUUGCAUCUGGUGAUAUACGGUCAUGUGCCUUUAAGCCAAGUAGAAGACAAAUCCAAGACGAAGACAACAUAACUUCACCACCUGCUGCCAAGCGGCAGAAACUGAAGCAGUCUGCACCCACACAACAGCUUUCUGCAGCCACAGAAAUACUUGAUAAAAGCAGCUUAGAACCUAGUGCUAAUAGCCCAAGGAAAAAGCAAAAUGCAAAUGUUUCGGCUAGAACGAAGGUUGCUUCUGUUCCUAAAGGUGAUUCUGUUGCAAAUAUGCAUUCACUAGAAGAUGGAGCUGCAAACUCAUCUGAAGUGAAGAAAUCAUCUGACCCAGGUAGGUCAGCACUUUUGAAAAAUGAAUCCUUGAAGGAAUCAGCAAAAGCACUUUUUGCAGAUGAUUUGCAAGAAGAGGAACGUGCUGUGAAUGCAGUGGAGAAUGGUAAUGAGAAAAAUCACGGUAACCAAAGCAUAUCCAAAAUCAGGAAGGAGUUCAAUGUACCGCAGCGGUCAUCACCGAGACUUGCUGGAAGUAAAUCUGUACAGUUGGUAAACAAUGUGGUCAAUGCACAGACACUUCAGGUUCCAAAAAGAAACUUGAGGAAAAGUAGAAACACUCUAGAUGUUGAUAUUUCUGUGGACCAAGCAGCUCCUAAAGAACAACCACAUGAGCAAGAAAGAGAUAAAAUAGAAGACAAAAAGCCAGAAAUCCAAAUCAGCUCAAACAAAUCAGGUAAAAAGAAAGAGCACCACCUUCCUCGUCGUGCUUCAAAACGAUUAGCUGCUAUUGAGCAUGAGUCAAUGAACUCUAAAGUGGAAUUGCAGCAAAGUGAGUGUGGGCCAGCUACAGUGCUUGCUAAUCAAGCCCCAAUAAAUGGAAAGUCAACAAAUAAAAGGAAAAAGUCAGCAGCACCUCAUCUGGAGAAAAGGGGAAAAGAAGAGAUGGAUGAUGAGAAAACAGAACCUCAGCUGUCCUUUGCAUAUCACUAUUCGUGGUCCGACCCAAGCUUGGAAUAUGCAAUCAAUGCCCUCACUGGUGUGUUACCACCAGCUGAUAAUAUACCCAGUACUGUUGCCGAAACUGAUAUUCAAAAAGCUUCAAUUGAUAAUGGUACGGGAAGGAGCACCACUGAAGUCCCUGAAACCGAUAUUCGAAAAGCUUCAGUUGACAGUGGUAUGGGAAGGAGCACCACUGCAGUCCCGGAUACUCAUAUACAAAAAGCUCCAAUUGAUAAUGGUACGGGAAGUAGCACCACUGCAGUCCCUGAUACUGAUAUUCAAAAAGCUCCAGUUGAUAAUGGUACGGGAAGUAGCACCACUGCAGUCCCUGAUACUGAUAUUCAAAAAGCUUCGGUUGACAAUGGUAGGGCAAGUAGUACCACUGCAGUCCCUGAUACUGAUAUUCAAAAAGCUUCUGUUGACAAUGGUAGGGCAAGUAGUACCACUGCAGUCCUUGAUACUGAUAUUCAAAAAGCUUCAGUUGACAAUGGUACGGCAAGUAGUACCACUGCAGUCCUUGAUACUGAUAUUAAAAAAGCUUCAGUUGACAAUGGUACGGGAAGGAGCCCCGCUGCAGUCCCUGAAACUGAUAUUCAAAACACUUCAGUAAACAUUGGCAGAAGUGCCACUAAUAUUCUUGAAACUGAUCUUCAAAAAACUUUGAUUGACAGUGUUAAGGGGAGUAGCGCCACUACAAUCCCUGAAAACAAUGUUCAGAAAACGGUGGUUGAAAUGGAAUCGGGAAGUACCGGACCUGAAACUGAUAUUCAAAAGUCUUUGAUUGACAGUGUUACAAGAUGCAGGGAUAGUGAAAACAAUUUACAUGACACUGUUACAGGAAGCAAGUAUAGAAAAUCCCAGGUGCGUUCUAAUAAACCCAAGAGAACGAAAGAGCUCAAAGUACCUGUGCGGUUAUCAAAGCGACUUGCUGGCCUGGAACCUGAGUUACCGCCUGCUGAAAGAGCUCUUGAAUAUUCCACUAGAAAAUCAUGUAAAGAAGAGCCAACAGCCACUGCUACUCUAACUAAUGGAGUGUCUGAUCAUCACAACGCUGGGGAAGAAACCAAGCCUACUCUUCUUCAAGCUUCUGACAGUUUGAAAACAGAAGUGCUUGGAGAAUCAUUAAAACGGAGUGAGAACUCAUAUGAUACCCAAACCGAUCACAAGGAACAAUUGGAGAAAGUUGAAAUUGAAAAUGUUGGUGAUGUGAGAUCAGAGCCUAAGCUCCCCUUACCGUUUGGGGACUCUUGGUCAGAUCCAUGCUUAGAAUUUGCCAUCAAGACUCUCACUGGUGUUUUUCCAGUUGAUGCUGGUGGAGACAUAAUGCCUGCUUUGCCUCCUGGCUUUGAUAAUCCCCCAUAUAGGCAAGUGCAUCGAACUGUGGUGACAGACAUUAAUCAAGAAGUCCAUGAUUACUCGAACCAACCCUCGCUCAAUAAGGAGCUUAAUAUGGUUAGUCAACCUGAGUUGAGGACCGGCUCCAUCUCUUAUGAAAAUGCUUCUAACUUUACAACUAGGGAAUCUUAUCUUGAUCAAGAUAACAUUCUUAAGAAUUUUGAUGUGGAACCCAGUCUCACUGGAAACAUAACACAACCUGUGCAUCAUUCUUGGAAUAUAAACACACUAACACAUGAAGAGCCAUUAAAGCAAAAUGGACAGGCUGUUGAGGGUGGAAUUAUUACAACGGAGCAGCAACUAAUUGAAACUGGAGCUGUAAACCAUGACAAUUCCGAGUUACAGUAUUGUGCACCGUUUAUGAAUUCUUGGUCAGACCCAUGCUUAGAAUUUGCAUUUAAGACUCUUACAGGGGCGAUACCAGUAGAGGAAAAUUUAACACUCCAAGGAUGUUUCCCGGAAACUGCUAACUAUCAUGAACGGAGGGAUGGUGUCUCAUUGUUGCCAGAUUUCAGAUCAUCUAGCUUUUCACAAAGCGAUUUCUCGUUUUUCCAUGAUACAGGGGUUAAGUCCAUGCCAGGGCAGCAGUCAUCAGUAAGCUCUCCAUUCCUACCCUUGGAGAAAACAGGUCUUCAAGGUUUUGCUGGAGUUGAUCCUCAAACACACUUUUCUCAGUGCAACAAUAAUUUUCAAAGGUAAGCUAGUUAGAUGUUUGUUGCUACCUCCAGGAUAACUACUGUUGGUAUGUAGUUAUACUUUUGUAGACUGCAAAAAUGUUCAUCGUUUAGUAUCCUUUUAUUUUCCCUGUCACAUUUGUAAAUACAUUGUGAACAUAAGGUCUCGGUUAGUGUUUUUGCCUUUUGUUUGUUGAGAAGAUCUAGGUGAGCAAAGUAAGGAGGUACACAAGUCCAACUGUUGUUGUCACCACUAUCUAACUACUCUACUCUCUAUGUCAACUUAUUAAUUGGUUUAA